GCGAGACGACGCGACGCGACGCAGCUGCAAGUCCCACGAGAGAUCCCAAAAAUCAGCAGCGAAACUCCCUGCGGCCCCGCUAGUGUAAAACCCUCUCGUCGUUAGCCCUCCGGAUCGACGUCCCGUCGGGGGGCCACAAGUUGCACCAGCCAGCUAGCCAUGGGGAGGCUCUCCAAUGGCGUCCUGGGCGCCCUGAGCUUCGCCGCCCUCCUCGCCUCCGUGCCGCUCAUCGGCGCCGGAGCCUACCUCCUCGACCACCCUGCCAGCGAGUGCCAGCGCCUGGCGCGGCUGCCCGCCGUCGCGCUCGGCUGCGCGGCGCUCGUGCUCUCCCUCAUGGCGAUCGCCGGCACCUGCUGCCGCGCCGCGCCGCUCCUCUGGGCCUACGUCUCCGUCAUGUUCCUGCUCAUCGUCGGCAUGUUCUUCGUCACCACCUUCGUGUUCGUCGUCACCAACAAGGGCGUCGCCACCGCCAUGUCCGGCACCGGGUACGGGGACUACCGGGUCAGUGACUACUCGGAGUGGCUGCGUGAAAGGAUCGAGGAAUACGAGACGUGGCACCGGAUCGAGAGCUGCAUGGCCGACGCGGCCGUGUGCGGAGGCCGGGUCGCCGGGAUCAACACCGACGAGUUCUACCGGCAGCAUCUGCCACUCGUCCAGUCAGGCUGCUGCAAGCCACCGGCGUACUGCGGGUACGAGCGCGUGAACGAGACGUCCUGGGUGGCGCCGGCGCAGGGCCUGGGCGCGGCGGACGUCGACUGCCUGGCGUGGAGCAACGACCAGGCCGUGCUGUGCUUCCGCUGCAACGCCUGCAAGGCCGGCGUGCUGGCCACCGCCAGGACGAACUGGAGGGCCGUCGCCGCGCUCAACGUCGCCGUCCUCGCGCUCCUCAUCCUCGCCUACUCCCUCGGCUGCUGCGCCAUGCGGAACAGCAGCCGGUAUUACUGAUCGCUCAUCACCUUGUGCCUGUGCUGUCAGUGUUCUGUUCCAUUUCCUUGUCAAGUCGUGUAAAUUUAGUUCUGCAAAUGAAACGAUCAAUGCCUGGCUGAUUUGUUCUGAUCGAAUAUAAUCAGCGAUUAAUUGUAAACGGAUAUUUCAAGCAAAGUCAGGUUGGGCAAGAAAGAACCCAUCUUGGUGUGCCGUAUUCCUGUCUACGCAUUCUGCAAACUGUUGAAACUGUCGAGGAAGCUACGGAGGAGAUCCAAAAUCACCAACGCUUUCUCUAUUGUGUUUAUCUUUGACCGCUGGAAAUUCCUUUGGUCUGAAAUGGUUUUGUACUUGCACGGUGCAGGGCCCCUUGUUUCCACGUUGCGUAGCAAACUGAAGAGGUGGUGUAAAUUUUGUUCUGCAAAUGAAAAGAUCAUGUCUUUCUGAUCGUGUUUGGUAGUAGAUU